AUGGAGGAGACAAGUAAAAAGCUUCGAUAUGUUGAUAUUGGUAUCAAUUUGAGUGAUCCCAUGUUCCGGGGCAAUUAUCGUGGCAAGCAGGCCCACGAAGAUGACCUGGGCGAUGUGAUUCAGCGUGCUCAAGAGGCCGGAUGUGAGAAGUUUAUGGUCACUGGAAGUGAUCUUGUUGAAUCAGCCACGGCAAUUCAAAUAGCCCGUGAUUACCCGGGCUUCUGUUAUGCAACAGUUGGUGUACACCCCUGUUGCGCAAAUCAUUUCGAUAAACACCCAGAUGGUCCCUCCAAGAUGCUGGAGGAGCUCCGCAAACUGGCAAUUGAGUCUAAGGAGUCAGGCUUGACAGUAGCCUUCGGUGAAAUCGGACUUGACUAUGAUCGACUGGAGCACAGUGACAAAGAAUCACAGUUAAAAUAUUUCGAGCAGCAACUUGAUCUAGCCGUUGAAAUACAGUUGCCCCUGUUUCUCCAUUCUCGGGCUGCAGGUGAGGACUUUGAGCGACUGAUCCGUUCUCGACUUGAUAAGCUUCCGAAGCGUGGACUUGUGCAUAGCUUCACGGGAACCAUGGAAGAAAUGGAAGGGUUGGUCGCCCUCGGCCUAGACAUUGGCGUCAACGGAUGCAGCAUGAAAACAGUCGAAAACCUCGAAGUCGUGAAGGCUAUUCCAUUGAAUCGAAUUCAGAUUGAGACAGAUGGACCUUGGUGCGAAAUUCGUCCGUCGCAUGCAUCGUCUAAAUUUUUGAAUGGCGCGCCUGAGUUGCCAAAGACUGUCAAGAAGGAGAAAUGGGCAAAGGGCUGUAUGGUCAAGGGUCGGAAUGAGCCUGUAGCUAUUUCCCAGGUUGCUCAUGUCAUUGCUGCAGUCAAGGAGAUUUCUGUCGAGGAGGUCUGCGAAGCAGCUUGGGAGAAUUCUACUAGGAUGUUUGGUCUUGGUGAGAAGGCUUGA